AUGUGUGGACGCGGAAAGCAAGGAGAAAAAGCACGCGCGAAAGCUAAAUCCCGGUCUUCUCGGGCUGGCUUGCAGUUUCCUGUGGGGCGAAUCCAUCGUCUGCUGAGGAAAGGGAACUAUGCCGAUCGGAUUGGAGCUGGAUCCCCAGUGUACCUGGCAGCUGUGCUGGAAUACCUGAUCGCAGAGAUCCUGGAGCUGGCGGGCAACGCGUCUCGCGACAACAAGAAAACUCGCAUCAUCCCGCGCCACCUGCAGCUGGCCGUCCGCAAUGAUGAGGAGCUCAACAAGCUGCUGGGUGGGGUGACCAUCGCGCAGGGCGGUGUCCUGCCCAACAUCCAAGCUGUGCUGCUGCCCAAGAAGACCGAGAGCCACCAUAAGGCCCAAAGCAAGUAA